CCCCACGACACGGCAAAAUCCCAAGCUCUCCCAACGGCCGCCGCACCAGCACCGGAACGCCGGAGAUCAACCGCCACCGUGAGCGCGCGCGCGCCUCGCGCGUCCCCGCCCGCGGCCACGGCACCACCGUCCUCCACCGCCGCCGCCGCCGCCGCCAAGAGGAGAGGCACAGCCGCCUCCACGCCUUCCCCGUCGCAGCCGCAGCCGCAGCCGCGACAGAAGACACGUCGCACGGCAGCCGUCGCGAUGGCCGCGUCCUUCCUCGCGCUCGCAGUCGCGCUCGUCCUGGGUGCCAGCGGCUAUGGGGUCUACAGGGGCGGCGCCGAGGCCGCCUCCGCGGCGGUAGAGGGCGGCGAGGUGACGUAUGGGAGCACCCUGAAGCUGAUGCACGAGAAGACGAAGCACCGGUUGCACUCGCACGACGUGCCGUACGGCUCAGGCAGCGGCCAGCAGUCCGUCACUGGCUUCCCUGAAGUUGAUGAUUCCAAUAGCUACUGGAUCGUGCGGCCCGCUCAGGAUUCAUCAUCUAAACAGGGUGAUGCCAUUGAAACUGGUAGCAUCAUCAGAUUGCAACACAUGAGGACACGGAGAUGGUUACAUAGCCACUUGCAUGCUUCACCAUUAUCUGGUAACCUAGAGGUUAGCUGUUUUGGUGGGGAUGGACAAUCGGAUACUGGUGACUACUGGAGGCUGGAGAUUGAGGGAAGUGGAAAGGUAUGGAAACGGGAUCAGAAAGUAAGACUCCGACAUGUUGAUACUGGAGGCUAUCUGCACAGUCACAACAAGAAGUACAACAGGCUUGGUGGUGGGCAGCAAGAGGUCUGUGGGGUUCGAGAGAAGAGAGCUGAAAAUAUUUGGUUGGCAGCAGAGGGUGUCUAUCUCCCCGUUAACGAAAGCAAGUGAACUCAACAUUCCCACAUGUGUUCGUCCAAGUUUAACUAGCCUGAGAAUUUUGCUGACAUUUUGUUCUGCUAAUGCAUUUGAUUUAAACUAGAGACCUAAGCCCCGAGCCCUGAGUAUGUUGGUUAUAGUCGACGAUGUGCAGAAAAUGAGAAAUAUACAAACGUUUCAUGUAGCCAAUUUAGAUGAUAAUAUUCAGCGAACAGCUGAUGUUUAAGUGUAUGUUCUCUUGACACUGCCGCUGCGAUGGCAAACAAACUGUCUAUUUUUCCUCUUUAAGAUAAGUGCGAUCUCUUCCACCAUGUGCA